AUGGUUGUCGAGAAUCACUAUCCGCAUAUCAGUGAGCUUACACCAUUCCAGAAGGAUAAGAUUGCGGAACUCCGUUCCAAAACAAAAGAUAUCCUCGCCACGUCAGUUUGUUCUCUGUUUCUGAAUGUUUUCUCUGUUUCUGUUUUCAGUUACCCGGAGUAUGAUACCGAUUUCUCUCUUCUUCGCUGGCUCAUGGGAUGGGAUUACAAGAUUGGUGAGUUUGGUGUUCGGUUCAGUUAUCCUUCUUUUUCUAUGACGUCUUCAGAUGCGAUCAUUCCAAAACUGAAGUAUGCUAUUGAAACUUUGGUUAAUCUUGGAAUGAAUAAGCAGCAACCGGAGUCCAUCGAGCAAAUCAACAGCGACAUCAGGAAAAUGUCCGCGGUGGCCGAGUACUUUCCCGGAGGAAUUAUGGGCCAGAGCAAAAGAGGAGAUGUCGUGUACAUGCAAGCAAUGGCCAAGGUUCUCAUCUGAAAUUGGAAUACUUUUGAGUAGGGUCAAUUGCAGGCUCAUCCGAAGACUCUCGUCAAAGCCGGACCAACAUCUCAGCUCUUUCAACUUUGUAUUUCCGAAACGGAAAUGUCGUUCAAGGUCAUUCGUCAGACUGAAAAGGAAACGGACAAGAAGAUGGGAGUUAUCAUCAUAAUGGAUCUUGACGGUUUCAGCAUGGACUUGCUGUACACACCAACUCUCAAAGUGUACAUGAGUCUGUUGACCAUGUUGCAGGUUUGAAUUUGAUCUUGCACUUGUCUUUAUUAUCACCUUUCCAGAACAUCUUCCCUGAUUUCGCCCGCCGAAUCUUCAUUAUCAACUGCCCAGCAAUGAUGUCAGCGGUGUAUGCGAUGGUUUCGCCGUGCCUUUCUUCGCAGACUCGUGACAAGGUACCGAAUAGUCCUUCUUCUUGCUUGUCCAGUUUAGUUUUUUCUCUAUGCGAUAGGUCCGAUUCUUGGACAAAGAUUGGAAGAACCAUCUCAUCGAGGAGAUUGGGGAAGAGAACAUAUUCGUGCACUGGGGAGGAGUGAAAAAGUCCGAGAAUCCAUGCGGUGAUAUUCGGAUGGGAGGAAAAGUUCCGGAAAAGUUGUGGUACGUACUUGUGAACAACAUGGGAAUAUGCAAUCUGUCGCAUUUUUCUAGGUACAGCGAUUCGCACAAGUUGGAAGGCGAUCGCACUAAAGUUAGCGUGUCGGCUCGAUCGAAAACCGAGGUUACCCUAAAUGAACUAUCUUUUAUCUUUUUGAUCAUGUUCCAGAUCAAAAUGUAUGGCGAGAGCGGGAAGCAGUUCCACUGGUUGUUCCGUGUUAGCAGCGGCGACAUCGACUUCAGCAUCGAAAAAGACGGCCGAGUAGUCAGUUUUAAUUUCCUUAUCAUAUUUACCCAGCUAGAUCCAACAAGUUUCAUCGCCCAUUUGCAUGUGAGAAAGAGCCUGCCCGCAAAACUUUUUAUCGGUCAGAAAUGUUUUUGAAAAAAAUCAUCUUUCUUAUCGGGGAAUUAUUCGGCACGCAAGUUGGAAAAGGAAAGAGAGGUGCUCUUUUUGUUUGCAGGUCUGGCCAGUUUUCCGAUGUCUGACGGAUUUUCACCCAGAAAUAGGAUCAUUCCAAAUUGAAGAGACUGGCGAUUACAAGUUCGUCUUCAAUAACUCGCACGGAACAUUCUUCGGCAAAGACAUCAAGUACAAGAUUGUACAGGAGUAA